GCGGCCGUUGGAAGCCCCCCGAGUCACUUUACUCUUCUUCUAACUACCUAAACUUCACCUUCAUAACAACCUUCGUGCCUCCACCACAAAUCUACACCGGCUUCAAAAUCAGUUACACCAAAUAUCACACAGGGGAGUGUCUUUCGGAUGAAUUCCAAUGUUGGUACGGCGACCGGUGCAUUCCAGAGGAUUUGAGAUGCGACGGCAUUGAUAACUGUGGAGACUACUCUGACGAAAGAUAUUGCUCAACCAUUUCUACUUUUGGUUCGGUGAUUCUGACAACAAGUAUCGUCAUUUCCUUGGGUGUCAUGCUGACUGUGGUGUGUGCCUGCAUGGUUAAGCUCAUUCUUGGCAAGAGAAGUAGACGCAACUCAACGUCAACCCCUCCCUUACCCCAAUCCUUCCUGGACCAGACGACCUCCCACACAAAUCCUCUAUUCCACUACCCCCCACCCCAGGCACAACCCGGCUCCGUCAAUCCCUACAACGAGCCCCCACCAUCCUAUUACUACGCCCACUUCACCAGUGCCGUGGAUAAGAUGGAAGAGGAAGGUAGUGGAGAAAGAGAGGGCAGUGUCCGAAUUAUUCCUGUGCCACCAGGCCCCUCAACCAACAACUCCGAAAUUGGAAGAAAUACAGAUUCAAACACCCAUCCGCCAUUGUCAGAACUUCCGCCUUAUGAAACCUACAAAGAUGACCGUUGCAUGGACCCGCAGCUACUUCAAGAGCUUCAAGAAGCCAACGACAGCAACAAUCACAACAACGUCACUGAUACUAACUCAAUCCAGAUGAACACUACUUCUGACAACAUUAGUAACUCUAGUACCGUAAACAACUUCACAGAUAGUACCAGUAGUAACGCGUGCAAUGAUAACAUGACCAAUGGAAAUAGAACCAACUCUACCCUCGACAAUGCUAAUUUUGAUUCAAACAGUGGGAAAAGUAUCGGAAAAAAUGGAAAACAAGACGGAAAGGGUAAAAUUUACGUUAGGGCUGACGGGGUUAUAACACCAUGGCCUCCCCAAAAAAUGAUUAAGACAUCAAGGUAA